AGUUUCGUUUAGAACUUCAUUCUACUUGCUUUGCAGCUUCAUUUUCUUCCACACAAAACUUCAUUUUUUUCUUCUCACAAUGGCAAAUCCAAAUCAAGAAAUCAAGUACACCAAGCUUUUCAUAAACAAUGAAUUUGUCGAUGCUAAAAGUAAGAAAACUUUCGUCACCAUCAACCCAGCGACAGGCAAGAAAAUCGCUGACAUUGCUGAAGGAGACAAAGCAGAUGUUGACUUAGCAGUUGAAGCUGCAAAGAAAGCAUUCGCUCGAGGUUCUGAAUGGCGUAACAUGGAUGCUACAACACGUACAAGGUUGAUGAAUAAACUUGCAGAUUUGAUCGAUCGCGAUUCUAAUAUAAUGGCAAACCUGGAAGCAUUAGACAACGGCAAAACUUAUGUAGCAGCGAAAGGAGACGUUUACUUCACAGCAAAACUCUUCCGUUAUUACGCUGGUUAUGCUGAUAAAAUUCAUGGCAACACAAUUCCAGUUGAUGGAAAUUUCUUCAGCUUCACUCGUAAAGAACCAAUCGGUGUUGUUGGUCAAAUUCUUCCAUGGAAUUAUCCAGCAUUGAUGGCCGCUUUUAAAUGGGCUCCAGUUCUUGCUACUGGUUGCGUGUCGGUUUUGAAACCAGCUGAACAGACGCCAUUGACAGCAUUAUACAUUGCAGCAUUAUCAAAGGAAGCUGGUUUCCCACCAGGAGUUUUGAAUGUUGUCACUGGAUUUGGUCCAACUGCUGGUGGCGCAAUUUCUUCACAUCCUGAUAUUCGUAAAGUUGCAUUCACAGGAUCAACUGAAGUUGGAAAAUUAAUCAUGGAGGCGGCAGCUAAAUCCAACUUGAAGAAGGUUUCGCUUGAACUUGGUGGAAAGAGUCCACUUGUUGUAUUUGAUGAUGUUGAUUUAGAUGAAGCUGUGCCACUUGCACAAGAAGCUGUUUUUACCAAUCAUGGUCAGAUAUGUUGCGCUGGUAGCCGAACAUUUGUUCAAGAGAAGAUUUAUGAUGAGUUUGUUAAAAGAUCAGUUGCACUUGCUAAACAACGUAAAGUUGGUAAUCAAUUUAAUGCCGAUACUAAACAAGGACCACAAGUCGAUAAAGAUACCUUUGAUAAGAUUAUCACAUACAUUGAUUAUGGCAAGAAAGAUGGAGCAAAGUUAGAAGUUGGAGGUAAACGUGUUGGAACCGAAGGAUUCUUUGUUGAACCAACUGUUUUUUCUAAUGUCACUGACGACAUGAGAAUUGCAAAAGAUGAAAUCUUCGGGCCAGUCCAAUCCAUCAUAAAGUUCAAGACUAUCGAUGAGGUCAUUGAAAGAUCUAAUAAUACAAAUUAUGGACUUGCUUCUGGUGUUUUAACAAAGAACAUUGACAAUGCCUUGACAUUUGCUAAUGCGGUCGAAGCUGGAACUGUUUGGGUCAAUUGCUUUAAUGCUACAGCUGUUAACACUCCAUUUGGCGGUUACAAAGAGUCUGGAUUUGGUCGUGAAUUGGGUGAAGAAGGAUUGAGUUCUUAUUUGGAAACUAAAUCAGUUUCAAUUAAACUUCCAUGCAGAAAUUAAACCGAGAUUUGAAAACAUGUUUUUGCAGUUCAGUUAAUCAUAUUUUUUGAAUAAAAUUUCAAUUUUUUAUUUUUAAAAACAAA